AUGGAGCGCGCGUGUUUCAUUAUCGCGGUUGUAGUUCUUUUAGGAUACGCGGCGCAAGCUACGGAAGACGAAGAAGCUUCGAAGCAAGCUGCUUUCGCGGAUGGCGGCGAAGACGCGGAUUCAUACGACGACUACGAUUAUCCACUCCAGGAUAAAGUCGGGCACAAGCACAAACACAAGCACAAGUUACUCUCGAGGAACGCCGGAUUUAGUACCGUUUACAUCAAUCCAUUUGCGGGGGCGCUCAAGGGUCUGGUGGCAUUCGUCGCGAUCAAAAUAAAAAUCAUUUUAGUCGUGAUUACGGUCAUAGGAAUCAUUGGAUUUACACUGAAGGUUUUUGGAGCACUAAAAUACGCCGGAUACGUCGGAGGUGGUUGUCCCGUGAUACACGAGCCCGCAUAUGGUUUGGGAUAUUCGGCAACGCCCCCGCCGGAACAUCAUCACGAUGAUUACGGGUCUUACGGACCUAGCAAUGAGUGGUCAUCUACGGCUACGAGUUACGCUCGUAGUUUGGUUGAGACUUACGUCGACACGGAAUCGAUCGCUCACGCGUUGAACAGUUUCGACAUCGCUCAGAUGGUGUUCACGACGCUGGAGAUGGAAAAUGAGGAAUGUCGGCGUCGUUUGGUUUGCGAACUCGACGCAAAAGGCCGACAACUCCCGAUACUCGGUUACGCGAUCAAUUAUUUAUCCCACGGUUUCGAAAAAUACAGAGCCGCGUCUGGAGAGAAGGUGAAUUUUAACGAGUGCGUCAAAAUUUACUCAGGAUGCAACGACUACGAAGGAACGCGGGAAAUAAGGAAGAAGAAACUUUCGAAAACAAGCGUCGAUAGAAACAAUAACUCGACGUAAAUUCAUACCCAUUCAUCCUCAUUCAUCGCCACCCCGAGUCAAUAUCAUUUUUCCAAAUGUAAAUAAUAUUUGAAGAAAAACUUUUCAUCUAUAAUUAUUUAUCGAUCGUUCUCAUUAGUUUGAUAAGUCUGACGAUGUAACUUAUUGUAUAUAGCAUUGUAUAAAUUAAUUAUUAAACAGGAAUAAGCAACAA